UAGUUCUCUGGUUGAACCCAGCUCACGUCUCCACACCACAACAUGUUUCUCCUGCACAGAGCUGCUCUGAGCUCGCUGUGUUUAGCGCUGCUCGCCAUGGCACAGAAACUGACUCAGGACCAGAUAUCAUGGACCAGUAGACAGAAUCAGGAAGUCUCUUUCAGCUGUAAAAACACAGAUGGAUGUUAUAGUGGAUAUGUUUUCUGGUACCAGAAGAAAGAGAGGGAAGGAUUCACGUUGAUUCUUUAUAUUGAGCAAAAUGAUUGUGAUGCAACUAAAGGUUAUGGUCAUCCUCAGCAAAAUGAUUUCUCAGCUACAAAAACAGACAACGGUUGUGAGUUGGUGAUAAACCAAGCCAAAAGUUCUCAUUCUGCCACCUACUACUGCGCCUGUUGGAAGUCUGGAAGUUGGCACAGAUAUUUCACUGUGGACGUCAAGCUCUUUGGCCAAGGCACCAGACUGUAUGUAACAGAGGAGGAACCCAGGACGCCCCGUGUGGGUGUCUACCAGGCAUCCACAGCUGAUGGGAAAGGGAAGUCCACGCUGGUGUGUCUGGUCACAGACAUGCAUCCAGACCUGGUCAGGAUCUCUUGGAAGGCUGAGAGAGAGAGAGGCCAAUCAAACACAGUGGAACAGAGAGACCACAAAAGUACCACCAGUAUGAUCCAGAUUAAUGAGGAAGAGCUAUCACAGAUGGACUACACCUGUUCUGUUCAGCACCAAACUGGUAUCAAGACUGUGGUCAUCAAAUCAAGAGUCUCCUUCCAGUCUGUGUGCAGAGUCAAGCUGGCCUCUGUGGUUUACAGCCUGAUGAUAGUGAAGAGCAUAGUGUACUGCUGUGGACUCUCUCUCCUGCUCAUCCACACCAACAAGAGGGGCUGUUGACUGGCUGUUGACUGGCUGUUGUUUGGAGCAGCCGUGACUUCAAACAGGUUGUGGGUCAGAUGAAGUUUUCUGCUGUUAGCUUUCUGUCAUUAAACAGACGGGGGGAUGUUAGUCCAUCUAUCUGGUGAGUUAUUAUCAUCUGUCAGACGACAGGGCUGGAUUUGCUUUCUUCAGAAUUUUCCACUGUUUAUUAUUUAGUUGUUUUAAUUCUAAUAAAAAGAUUAACAUGUAAAAUUAAUAAGUUAACCUGCUCACUAAUUUGAACCGAGCUACAUCUAAAUACAGCAACGAUCAGAUAUGAUUUCUCUUUCGGUUGAAUUAUCAAUUCAAAAUAGUUCUCAAAGUAAACACAUUUAAUUUAUAUUUUGACUGUGAUAAAAAGUGGAAUGGUUUUGACACAAGUGUAAAGGACAAAGUUGGACAAAAUCCAUCCGUUAAUUACAAAACCUGUGUAAAUAUUCUGGAAUGUAUAUAACAUUUAGUACAUUUCUAAAUGAGCUGUUGUGAGGUUUUGAUGAGUUGAAUGUAAUGCUUUAUAACGAGUAGCCGUAAACAGUGAUUAAUAAAUGAGUAAUAAGACACUUAUAAGCUCUUACAACACAC